AUCAGUCAACGUUCGUUCUCGACCAGACAGAAGUCAGCCAAUAUGUUCAAGUUUGUCAUGAUCUGCGCAGUUUUGGGCCUGGCGGUGGCCAACCCCCCGGUGCCCCAUUCCCUAGGCCGUUCGGAGGAUGUCCACGCCGAUGUCCUUUCCCAAUCCGAUGAUGUUCGUGCCGAUGGAUUCGAUUCCAGCCUGCACACCUCCAACGGAAUCGAGCAGGCCGCCAGCGGUGAUGCCCAUGGCAACAUCCACGGCAACUUCGGCUGGAUCUCACCCGAGGGCGAGCACGUCGAGGUUAAGUACGUCGCCAAUGAGAACGGAUACCAGCCCUCGGGAGCCUGGAUCCCCACUCCUCCUCCAAUCCCAGAGGCCAUCGCCCGCGCCGUCGCCUGGCUGGAGUCCCACCCACCAGCACCCGAGCACCCCCGUCAUCACUAGAACCUCUAUGAAAGCGGAUCGCACUACGGACUGUUCCCCGAAGACCUUUCGAACUAUUAGCUUAAGUAAUCGUACUGUUUGUAAAAUACACGCAAUUGUUAACGGCAGAAACCAGUUUGCAACCUUGACUUUGAAUUUGGCAAACAACUGUAACGGUUUCGAACCCGUCCUACCCGUUUACCACCUUCGAUUUACUUAGUUGUUUAGCACGUUCAGUACAAUAUGGUAAUGUGGUCUCUACCUGGACCGUAAACCGAAUUCACAACAAAGGUACACCAAAAACAAAAUAUGCUCAAGUAUAUAAUGUGCACACUUUGUACUUAUUAGAGUACAUGUAUCUUCAUUAUCUAGAGUUUUAUCCAUUUACACUUAGGAAUGCAGCUGAUAUCAAAUUAGUCGGUAAUAUGUAACACAUUUAUUCUCUCAAGGAACUUGAGCAGGUUAUUUAUCAUAUAUCGUAUAUUUUCAAUGGAAAUGGAAUAGAUUUGUGAUUUGGCUGUCACAUACAACAUCAGAAUUAAGCGGUGUUCACUCCUCAGUGGGAAUUGUCUUUAAGCCUUUUUGAAACCGUCUCCAGAUUCCAUCAGAAAUUACUGUCAAUAAACGUUUUUGGCCUUAAUUCGUAUCGGU